AUGAACACAUUUUAUCUUUUUAUAACUUUUCUCGUGUUCGCAACACGCAAAUGGGCACAGUCAGCUACUACCCAAGAGAUUCAUGGGUGGGUUGAUGGUCACAACAACCGGCGGCUGCAGGUGGCUAAAGGAGAAGUCCGCGGACAGCCAAGUGCUUCUGAAAUGAACGCCGUGAUCUGGGACAACGAAUUGUAUGUGAAAGCACAGGCCUAUGCUCAAACUCACCCAAAGGGGAGACAUAACCCGGAUAAAACUGUCCCAUCAGGUAGAUUUACAACGGGCGAGAGUUUGUACAGGAAAUGGACGAGCGAUCGUAAUUACAAACUAACUCCAAACACAGCAAUAGAAUCAUGGUACAGCGAACAUGUAAACUAUACCUACGGGCCGCUUCGUGACAGCGAUUUUGACAAAUCCAAACCUGCAAUUGGUCACUACACACAGUUGGUGUGGUCGGCAAGUGUUUACAUCGGCUGUGGUAUAUCAGAAACAUACGAAGGAAAUCAGAAGGUUGUCUAUGCUGUUUGUAAUUAUGGGCCUUCGGGUAAUAUUAUAGGAAACACGCCUUACAAGAGAGGCGGGCCCGUCCGGAGCUUGACUUGCGGUUGUGGUAAAAAAUGUAACAAUUGUAACAAUAUGUAUGGCGGCAGAAAUUGA